ACCCCCCCCACCCCCCGCCCGGAGCUAUAUAGCGGCCGUGCCUGGCGCCGCCGACCCGUGGCGGCAAGAUGGCCGUCUCCGGCACGCAGGGCCCGGAGGCACCCAAGCUGCCGGAGCUGCUGGAGCGGGACCCCUACCUGGCCCCCUUCGAGCGGGACUUCCAGCGCAGGUAUGCUCUGUUUUAUAAACGCUUGAAGAGCAUCGAUGACAAUGAAGGAGGUCUUAAUAAAUUUUCAAAAAGUUACAAAUCUUUCGGUGUUAACCAGUUUGUGGAUGGUGGAGUAUAUUGCAAAGAGUGGGCACCAGGUGCAGAAGCGGUGUUUCUCACUGGUGAUUUCAAUGGCUGGAAUCCGUUUUCUCACCCAUAUAAGAAAAUGGAAUAUGGGAAAUGGGAGUUGUUCAUUCCACCUGGACAAGAUGGUUUUUCUCCCGUGCCUCAUGGAUCAAAGCUAAAGGUGGUGAUUCGUGCUCAAAAUGGCGAACUCCUCUAUCGUAUUUCACCGUGGGCAAGAUACGUAGUCCGUUACGAAGGCAAAGUGAAUUACGAUUGGGUACACUGGGAUCCACCACAGUCAUAUAUACGAAGGCAUCGUUCCCCCAAGAAGUUAAAAAGCUUGAGAAUCUAUGAAUCUCAUGUGGGAAUUGCUUCCCCAGAAGGGAAAAUAGCUUCUUAUAAAAACUUCACAUUUAAUGUACUACCCAGAAUAAGGGAUCUUGGCUAUAACUGUAUUCAGCUGAUGGCUGUUAUGGAACAUGCAUAUUACGCCAGUUUUGGUUAUCAGGUCACAAGCUUCUUUGCAGCGUCAAGCCGUUACGGGACUCCAGAUGAUCUGAAAGAAUUGAUUGACGUGGCUCAUUCAAUGGGUAUCACCGUUCUGCUGGAUGUUGUGCACAGCCACGCGUCAAAAAACUCAGAAGAUGGUCUCAACAAAUUUGAUGGUACAGAUUCUUGUUUCUUCCAUUCUGGUGCUAGAGGAACUCAUCGGAUCUGGGACAGCAGGCUCUUUGAUUAUGCAAACUGGGAAGUUUUGAGAUUCCUUUUGUCUAAUCUGAGAAUGUGGAUUGAAGAUUAUGGUUUUGAUGGCUUCCGAUUUGAUGGCGUUACGUCUAUGCUGUAUCAUGAUCAUGGGAUCGGCAAAGAAUUCAGUGGGGAUUACAAUGAAUAUUUUGGCCUAGAUGUGGAUGAAGAUGCGUUGUGUUAUCUGAUGUUGGCCAACCACAUGAUUCACUUCUUGCAUCCGGAAUGCAUAACAAUAGCAGAGGAUGUUUCUGGAAUGCCAGCUCUUUGCCGUCCAGUUGAAGAGGGAGGAGGAGGAUUUGAUUAUCGACUAGCCAUGGCUAUUCCAGAUAAGUGGAUAAAGAUAAUUAAGGAGUUGAAAGAUGAAGACUGGAAUAUGGGCAAUAUUGUGUAUACAUUAACAAACAGACGAUAUGAUGAAAAAUACAUUGCAUACGCAGAGAGCCAUGACCAGGCACUUGUUGGUGAUAAGACAUUGGCAUUUCGAUUGAUGGAUGCAGAGAUGUACACAAACAUGAGUGUGUUCACACCUCUUACUCCAGUUAUUGAUCGCGGAAUCCAGCUUCAUAAAAUGAUUCGCCUCAUUACUCACGCACUUGGGGGAGAUGGCUAUCUGAACUUCAUGGGUAAUGAAUUUGGGCAUCCAGAAUGGCUUGACUUCCCCAGGAAAGGGAAUAAUGAGAGCUUUCACUAUGCCAGAAGACAGUUCAAUCUUACUGAUGAUCAUCUUCUUCGCUAUAAAUUCCUAAAUGAGUUUGAUAGAGAUAUGAAUAAAUUGGAAGAAAAAUUUGGCUGGCUUGCAUCUCCUCCGGCUUUUGUGACUGAAAAGCAUGAAUCCAACAAGGUCAUUGCAUUUGAGAGAGCUGGUCUCCUUUUUAUUUUCAAUUUCCAUCCAUAUGAAAGUUAUGUGGACUACAGAGUGGGUGUUGAAGUUCCAGGAAAGUAUAAAAUCCUUAUGGAUUCUGAUGCUUCAGAAUAUGGAGGGCAUCAAAGGUUGGACCACAAUACGGAGUACUUCUCUGAAGAAUAUCAUCACAAUUAUCGACCCAAUUCAGUUAUGGUGUACAUUCCAAGCAGAGUGGCUAUUGUGCUUCAGAAUACGGAUGUCCCACAAUGAAGAUCUCUGUAACUAUCACUGAAGAAGCUAGUGAUAGAAGUGCUGAUACACCGUACUACUACUAAGUGUAACAAAACUAGCUCUAAGGAAUCUUUCUGAAGCUGAAUAUAGUAAUAUUAAUGUUUUUAAAAUGCAGUAUUAAUAUUCACAUGUAAAUGCAGAGGUCUGCACUUGCUAGUACCUAUUUUUAGGAAAUGUUAAGGAAGAGAAAGAAGAAUGUUGUCGUUUUGGUAAUAGAAAUUUUCUCUCACAAUAUUGCAAAACAGCAGGUAUUCUCAAUUAAAAUGUUGUUUACAGAAUUUUAUGAGGAAUAGCAUUCUUAACCAAAAGUGAUCCUGCUCCAAUGUUUGUAAUUUCUUAAAAUCUUCUGUCUCAAAAAAUGAAUUAAAAUGCUCAUUAUAUGUAAAUGCUGCUUAUUAAUGAUGGUUUGCUUAAAUAAAGCAAAAGUUUUUUGGCUGAAAGGCAGCCUUAAGGAUUUGUGGGACAUAGUUGGAGGCUCCUCUUCUGCAAUGAGUUCUAAUGUGCAAUUUAAGACUUUUACCCAAAUUAAUGACAAGAUCCUUAAGAGUAUUGUACUCUGCAAUUUUUUUUAUUUGAUUAAAAUUGCAAAAAGAUGCUGAACAACCAAGCAGGUGGACUACUGACUGCUGACCUGCUGAUGCCACUGUGCUGCUUACUUGCUUUCUAUCAAAUUACUUAGUCUGUGCACCUCACUUGCUACGGCUGAAAAUAACCAAUACCUAACUGUUUUAUUUGCACUGCUAAGGUCUUCACUAAGAAGAAUGUUACUCUGGAAAAUGUUCUAAAUACAUAAUUCAUCUUAAUGCUUUAAUUUCAGUGAUGUUAGGACUUUGUAAUACUGACUUCACUAUUUCCAGAAGCUGCCUUUCAGCUUGGAGCGUGAGCUGCUUCUUGCACUUUCAUAAAUUCUAAAAUGUUUAUGUUUUGAGAAGAAGCUGUCUCAAAAUACAGUAAUCAAGGUUGUUUUUUUUUUUUUUUUUCAUUCCAGUGAAAUCAAGAUAGUUAAAUUAUUGGAAUGCUGCUAAGAUUAUUCAAGAGAAUUCUGUAAUAAGUAGAACUUUUCUUUUUGUAAGGAUUAAGAUUCUUUGUAUUUGAAAAUGUAUUAAGGAGUACUCUGAAAAAUUAAUACCAAAUUAAUGAAAUGUGCGUUUUUUUUCCACUUGUUCAAAGGCAUAUUAGAAUUUGUUAUGAAAUGAAUAUCUCUUUUUUACAUGUCUAAAUUCUGUAACUCUAAAUUAGCCAGAGGAAGAUGCCCAUAACCAUUUCAAAAAGUUUUUUUUCUUUGUUUCUUGUUUUUUAUCCAGCUUCCUACAUGAACCAUUGUGUAAAUUACUGAAAAACUGUGCCGACACUGAAAGUCUAUUCACAGUUCUUGAAACGGUUACUUGUACUUCUAUAUAGCUUACUUCUAAAGCUAAAUAAGGAAUAUGAUGGAAUUUUACAGCAUGAUGGAAAACAGUCUUUUGGUAACAUUCACAAUGAUAGGACUUUAUGAACAUCCCUAGUUUGCUGUAUUUUUUGUGACAGAGAAUUCUGUAUUGUAGUGGAGUACUGCAAUAUUGUCUACUACCAUGUUUCGUUUUCUAAUAUACCAAUUUGCUCACUGCUUGGUAGUGGGCUAAUAAAAGCAUUUCUAUACUGAGACUUUGAAAUUGAGUUUUUGAAAGAAAAUACACAGAACUAUUCUAGCAACUGGAACUGAUUAUCUUUUUUUUUUCACAAAUUCUUUUCCUUCUAUUGAAAUAAAGAGGAACUUCUAAUAUGUAUACUGUAUUUGCUUUACUUUAUUUAGUAGGUGUUUUUAGUAGGUGGGGUUUUGCUUUUUGUUUUUAUUGACACUGGCUCCAGCUUUCCAAAAGCAAUGGAAGGCAAGUCCCCUUGUCGAAACUUUUUGCAAGAGAAGUAAUAAAUGUGUGAUGUGAAGGAAAAAACUGUAAAAUUACGUGCAAAUAAACUGAGGAGAAUAAUACAAA